AUGUUUAAAAUUCUUCGGAUUAGGAAGAAAUAGAAAGAAUAAUAUAAACUUCUCUUUUUAGAUGAAACAACAUUCACUCAUCAUACAUUAAAUCCAAAAUGCUGGUAGAUAAUGGAAGAAAAAAAAUAUAGAAAAUUUACUUAAUUGAAGAAGUCUUUACAUGUUCUUGGUUUUAUUGGAUAAAAGGGAUUUGGAUGUUUUCAAAUUUGUGUUGGAAAUGUAAAUUAAUAUGUAUUUGCUUACUAUUAUUUAAAGCUAAUUGAAGAAGCCAUUAAGUUCUAUUAGAAUCAAUAAUUAUUAAUAAUUAUGGACAACUGUCCUAUUCAUCAUAGCAAUUAUAGAAAAAGUAAAAUUUUUAGUCAAUUUAAUGUUCUGUUUUUGCCAUCAUAUUCACCAUAAUUAAAUCCUAUGGAGGGGAGUUUGGAAUAUCUUAAAAUAAACAAUAUAUAAAUAUUAGCCAGAAAGUUAACACAACAAUGA